GUCUAGAGCUCACCGUCUGACUGAGGAGGUGAAAGUAGCGCCACAGGAAGAUAAACCGCAAAAAGACAAUAUUACAUGUAGUAAAUACAUGGUUUUUGCGUACGCAUCGGAUGAGCGGUGCAGGGGAAUUCCUUCCGUCGUGAACGAAAAAAAAAAAAGUAAACAGAAUUCGUUGGAUUCGAGUUCAGAAGAGAUAAGCUGCAGAGAGAGAGGAGGAGGAAGAAUAUCUGCGCGUGUUUUCUUUGAGUUCUGCGCUCAGUCGUCUCGAAGAGUCAAGACUGAAGAUGCUCUUGGACGCAGGACCGCAGUAUCCCACCAUAGGAGUCACUACUUUCGGCUCCUCUCGGCAUCACUCAACAGGAGAGGUGGCGGAGCGGGAAGUGGCGCUGGGGAUCAACCCUUUCGCGGACGGCAUGGGCGCCUUCAAGAUCAACCACAGCUCCCACGACAUCAGCUCCGGGCAGACAGCGUUCUCAUCCCAGGCUCCCGGCUAUGCAGCGGCGGCCGCCCUGGGACACCACCAUCACCCGACCCACGUUGGUUCCUACUCCACGGCGGCGUUCAACUCCACCAGGGACUUUCUCUUCAGAAAUCGGGGUUUCGGGGACGCGGCUGGGGCGCAGCACAGCCUGUUUGCCUCCGGCAGCUUCGGGGGGCCGCACGGACAUUCGGACGCGGCGGGGCACCUGCUCUUCCCAGGGCUCCACGAGCAGGCGGCGAGCCACGCGUCCUCCAACGUGGUGAACAGCCAGAUGCGACUGGGCUUCUCGGGGGACGUGUACGGCCGGGCUGAUCAGUAUGGGCAUGUCACGAGCCCGCGUUCCGAUCACUACGCAUCCACACAGCUACACGGCUACGGCCCCAUGAACAUGAAUAUGGCUGCGCACCACGGAGCGGGGGCCUUUUUCCGCUACAUGAGGCAGCCCAUCAAGCAGGAGCUCAUCUGCAAGUGGAUCGAGCCGGAGCAGUUGACAAACCCCAAAAAGUCGUGUAACAAAACUUUCAGCACCAUGCACGAGCUGGUGACCCACCUGACAGUGGAGCACGUGGGGGGGCCUGAACAGACGAACCAUAUCUGCUUUUGGGAGGACUGCUCCAGAGAAGGGAAGCCCUUUAAAGCCAAAUACAAACUUGUAAAUCACAUCAGAGUGCACACCGGAGAAAAGCCCUUUCCGUGUCCGUUUCCCGGCUGCGGCAAAGUGUUUGCCCGAUCGGAAAAUCUGAAAAUUCACAAAAGGACUCAUACCGGUGAGAAGCCUUUUAAGUGCGAGUUCGACGGCUGCGACAGGAGGUUCGCAAACAGCAGUGACCGCAAGAAACACAUGCACGUCCACACGUCGGACAAGCCGUAUCUGUGCAAAAUGUGCGACAAGUCGUACACGCAUCCCAGCUCCCUCCGAAAACACAUGAAGGUCCACGAAUCCACCAACCCUGCAUCGCAGCCUUCCCCAGCUGCCAGUUCAGGGUACGAGUCCUCCACGCCUCCCACCAUCGUGUCACCGUCCACAGAGAACCAGAGCAGCAGCUCCAUAUCACCAGCAGCUUCAGCAGUCCACCACACAACCAGCCACAGCACGCUGUCGUCAAAUUUCAAUGAAUGGUACGUGUAAAUAUUUUUGAAAAACGCACAAAAGACAAUGGGAAAUUUAUGAAGACAUGAGGAAAAAAAAAAAAGGAAAAACGAAACAAAUAAACUUUUUCGACCUAAGUCAGAAAGAUGGACUGAGAAAAAAAGCAGGGGAGGUGAAGUUAAAGACUGUCAUCAUGCAUGGACAGAAACACGGUCAGCUCCUCCUUUUACUGAGAGACUGUACAGAAGCAGAUCUCAAAAGAAAAAGCAUGUUAUCUCCGAGUAGAGGCCUGAUUUUUUUUUUUUUUUCAUUUUUCUUUUUGCUCUUUUGUAAAUAUGGAUUUCACCAAACAGGAACCCACAGCAAGAAAGAAAAAAAAAAGGAAAUGUAAUAUUUUAUUUUGUAAAUAUCACAGUUUUAAGGGGGCGGGGGGCGGAGGGGGGGAUUUGUGAAAAAUGUAAUGGUCCCUUAAAUAUAUGAGGGUGGCCUCUAAGGUUACUGUGGGGGACAAGAAUGUUUAGUUGUGUACCAAAAUGUGAAUUAUUCAGUAUUACUACAGUCUACACGUCGACCUAACCGACUCUUAGUAUUAAUGUGCUUUUUGUAGCCUAUCCAGUGCAGCAUAUUUUUAUUUUUUUAUUUUUUUCUUAAUUUUCGUCCAAUUAAGGUCCAGUUUGAAUAGCACAGAGUAUCAUUGUUGUUAUUUAAUGUCAUGUCGAUGAAUCGUGUAGUGAAAAGAAAAAAAAAAAAAUCCGUGUCAAUCUGUUUAUGUACGUGCUAAAUAUAUAUAUAUAAAAAUCUGUCAAUUGCUCUGUCUGAGAGGAAGUAUUAUUCCAUGUAAAGUAUGGAUUUUUCCAUAUUUAUCCGCAUGUAAAAGGGCCGGUAACAUGUUAGAAUAUGAUCGGUAUUUAUGGAGAAAUGCGCUCGUACAGUAUGUCAAAUUUUAGUUUACAAUAAUAAUAUUAAUAAUAAUAAUGAAAAAAAAAAUGUUUGGAUACAUUUCGUACUAUAUUAAAGGACUGUAAAAAA